CCUAGAUACACAAAAAAACAUGAAGUGAGUGAACACAAAAUUGAAAAGCGGCGCCCCUAUCCCCUCCACCCAGCUCUGCCGCCGCACAACCCUAGCCUCCCUCACUCGGCGACCACCUCCCUCCACUCCGGCGCGGUCGCGCGGCACCUCCUCGCUCCUCCCUCCACCCUGGCGCGACGCCUCCCUGCCAGAGACGACAACCUCCGUAGUCCCUCCACCCCUGCGCCCAUCCGCCUCCGUCCACCCCGGCGCGGCACUGCUCAGAUUCUCCUCCUCCGGCGCGGCGCUAAAUGCGAUUGGUGCCUCUUUUUAUUUUGUGGUGAAAUUCAAAUUUCAGAUUUUAGUUUGAAUUCCAAUAUAAUAACAAAUUCCAGAUUUUAGUUUAACCCUAAUGCCCUAAUUUGAUCUCAUCCAAAUUUCUUCAAUUGCCAUGGAAGAUCUCCCCCCGCCUCUUCUCCUCGAGAUCCUCGGCCGCCUUUCCGACUCCACCGACGUCGCCCGCUGCCGCGUCGCUUCCCGCGCACUCAACUCCGUCACGUCGGAGAUCCGGUCCGUCCACCUCUACUGCUCCCGCCUCCACUACGCCAAGUCUCGAUCCCCUUUCACCCAGUCCUCCAUCACGCCUUUCAAGCAAGUUUUCUGCAGAUUGAUAUCCGAGUUGCACGUUGUGGAGCGCGUCUUCGUCGGCGUCGAGAAAUAUGAAGUCUGUUGAUUCUUCUAUGAGUUCUGGCUCACAAGUUGUUCCAGUUGCUCUAAGCAAGGUUUUUGAUCUUAAAGUUAAUGGGGUGGCUUUGAGAUUGUUACCCGAGGCUUCCCAGAUAAAGAACGCAUUGCAGGAGAGGAAAAGGGUUGGCAUGGAAGACGAGAGCUUCUGUGGGGUCCUAGUUUUCCCGGUUCACUUUACUUGCCCACAACUUCAAUCUUGUAACUCCUGAGGAAGUCGGGCUGAUGCUGAGGGCGCUGGGCUAUGGCAACGAUGUUCACAUAUACGUAGCAUCAGGAGAGGUAUACGGAGGCGAAGAGACACUCGCCCCUCUCAAAGCCCUCUUCCCCAACAUCCACACCAAAGAGACUCUUGCUACCAAGGAGGAGCUCGCCCAAUUCCAGCCCUAUUCCUCGCGAAUGGCUGCAUUGGACUUCGUUGUCUGUAGGGGUGGAAAAUCGGGUUGCGGGUAUCGGGUAUACCCUCACCCGUCCCGAUACCCGCGCGGGUAUCGGGUACCCGAUACCCGCAAAAUUCGGGUGGAGGGUCGGGUGCGGGUAUCGUAUCCUCAAAAAUCGCGGGUAGAGGGUACCCGCGGGUACCCGCAUACCCGCAAUAAAUAUUUAAAAAAUAAAAUUAAAUAAUUUUAUUUAAUAAUAUUAGGAAUUAAACCAAUUAACCAAAAUUAAAUAUUAGGAAUUAAACCAAUUUUAUUAGGAAUUAAACCAAUAAAUAUUAGGAAUUAAACCAAUAAAUAUUAGAAAUUA